UGUUACAUGUAGUGCCGACGUAGGACAGUUUUCCAACUUCAUUGAACUAUUGUACUCUGUAUGACUGUGCAAUGACAACAAAGAGUUAUAUAUCUUAUCUAAUAGUACUGUAGUAUUGCAGUUUGACUAGUAGUAUUACACUAGUACUAAAUUAUAGUGGUAUAGUGAUGCCAAUAUUACAGCAGUACUAAUAAUACUACAGUAGUAAUGCAGCUGCACUAUAGCAGUAAUAAAGUAGUAGUAGUACUGCAGUAAUACUACAGCAUUGCUCGCUUCGUCUUGUUGUCCAGCGCCGCAAUGCGCAUGCUCCGGCCUGGACUUUAGGGUGGGAGUUAGCCGUUAGCACCGAGCUAACAGCCGGAGCGUGUAAUGGCGGCCUCGGUGUUGUUGGGCUCUGCGGACAGCGCCGGACUCAGCUUCACCAUCGGGGGCGGCGGCACCGGGAAUAGUAACGGACUGGGCCCGGCGCCCUGGAACCGUUCUCUGGACCGAGCGCUGGACGAAGCCGCGGCCACCGGGAGCUUGAACCUGAGCGGCAGGAAGCUGAAGGAGUUCCCCCGGUGCGCCGCCAACCACGACCUGACCGACACCACCAGGGCCGAUCUGUCUCGUAACCGGCUGUCGGAGCUUCCUCUUGAGGUUUGUCUCUUCGUGUCUCUGGAGAGUCUGAACCUGUACCAGAACUGUCUGCGGUCGCUGCCUGACGGCCUGCUCAACCUGCAGGCGCUUACCUACCUGAACCUCAGUCGGAACCAGCUGUCGGUGCUGCCCGCCGUCGUCUGCGGCCUCCCUCUGAAGGUUUUGAUCGCCUGCAACAACAAGCUGGUUUCCCUGCCGGAGGAGCUGGGACAGCUGAGGCACCUCACCGAGCUGGAUGUGAGCUGCAAUGAGAUCCAGACUCUGCCUGCUCAGGUGGGCCAGCUGGAGGCUCUAAGAGACCUGAACAUCAGGAGAAACCACCUGGUCCGACUGCCACCAGAGCUGGCCGAGCUGCCUCUGGUGCGUCUCGACUUCUCCUGUAACAAAGUGACCUCCAUCCCCGUCUGUUAUCGCCGCCUCACGCAGCUGCAGACCAUCGUCCUCGACAACAACCCGCUGCAGACCCCGCCCGCUCAGAUCUGCAUUAAAGGGAAAGUUCACAUAUUUAAGUACCUGAAUCUGGAGGCCAGCAAGACGACGCCGGACCUGCCCGAGUACGACAGACGACCUCUGACCUUCAGCUCCUGUGUGGAUGAGCUUUACCCCGGGCGUCCCUACGGAGCGCUCGACUCCGGCUUCAACAGCGUCGACAGCGGAGACAAGAGAUGGCUGAGCAACGAGGCCUCAGAGGAGCUGUCGGAGCUGCCGCAGCGAGUGGCCGACAUCAGCCGAGACCAGAGGCAGCGAGGAGGCGCGGCGGGAGGAGCGGCGCUGCCUAAUGGCACAUAUGGGGAGUUGGAGCAGAUCGACUUCAUCGACAGCUGUGCGGGUGAGGAGGAGGAGGAGGAGGGGAGGAGUCGUGGGGGAGGAGACAGGACCAGCCUGAGCUCUCAGUUCAUGGCUUACAUCGAGAGACGCAUCACCAGAGAGGGUUCUCCUGUGAAAAGCGGCUCUUCGAGGAUGGAAGACCCGAGGAGACACAGCAGGGGUGGAGUCGAUAGCGCCGCGGCCGCAUCUGGCUCACACGGACAGAGAGGCGGCGUGGAGAGGAUGAGGAGGGAGGCGCAGCUUGCCGCCAUGAGGUACGACGAGGAGCGGCAGAAGAACCGCUCGCUGCAGAGGGACAACGUGAGCGGACACGCCAAGCAUAAAGCAGCUCCGAGUCCCACGAAGGCCAGUCCUGACACAGAGAACGUCUACCCCUCCCGACGCUCCACCCACACAGACGACUCCGCCCUGUUCAUGGGUGAGGACCGAGCUGCUCUCUCUCCUACAGCCAAUCAGUCGCCGUCUUACCCCAGCUCGGGGGGCGUGGCCUCCUGUCGAACUACCAAUGUGCGGCCAGAGAGCUUCCUGUUCCGGCUCGCGCAGAGGGAGGAGAAGAGGAAAGGUGACACCUCUGCUCCUCCGAGCCAGGAGGAGGCUCCCGCCGCUCCUCCUCUUGCUGCAGAGGACGUCGAGGUGGUGGAGCAACUCAGGAAGAACAUCGAGGCUCGUCUCAAAGUGUCACUGCCGAGUGACCUGGGAGCAGCCCUGACGGACGGCGUGGUUCUCUGUCACCUGGCCAAUCACGUGAGGCCGCGGUCCGUCCCCAGCAUCCACGUCCCCUCCCCUGCCGUGCCCAAACUCACCAUGGCCAAGUGCCGCAGAAACGUGGAGAACUUCCUGGAGGCGUGUCGCCGCAUCGGAGUCCCACAGGACCAUCUCUGUUCAGUGGGCGACGUCCUGGAGGGGAAAGGGGGCGGGGUUUAUGCCACAGUGGAGGUGCUGCUCUCCAUGGCUCCUCCCCUGGUCAGCCUGUCCCCUCAGGUCCAGCUGGCCGGCUUCGCCCUCUUUUACCUGUCUGUCAUGUCGGUGCUGUGUGCCAUUUAUGUGCACCUGGCGCCGCACGUCUGACGCCGAGCGAGCCGAGGGCGAUCUCGCCAAGUUGCACGCAGCGGGCGUGAAUUUAUCCCAGCAAUGUCCCCCUCAGAGUCUCCGUUCACCACAGUGACGCAGGAAUCCUGCCCUGGAUCUGUCGUAGUACUGCCACCUUUCAGGUUUAGUUUAGCACAAAAACUGGGCCGAGGAGAAGAGCCUGGCUGCGAUUGGUCCGUCUGUCUCCUGACGUGUGCAGCGGCGUCUAGUCUGUAGACACGCCCAUCUGCGGGACCUGACGCUGCUCCUGAGGCUCUGAUCCUGGCCCUGUGGACGUGUUCAGGUCAAAGGUGAAGACUCAGAUCAGCGUGGGGCGAUGCUCGCCACUCGAGUUAGAGCGUCUGUCAUCGGCCAAUCAGCUGUGGGCUCAGAGGAACAUCCGAGCGAGUUCACUCCAGCAGCUGGAUCAAAUGCUCUCCCAUAUGCUUUGAAAUCAUCCAUAAGCCGUUCCUCUCUCACCUGUACAGGUGUGCGUGUCGCAGCCUCCUUGCUGAUUAACAGAAACAUUUUCUGCUGACGACGAUGAACAUCCAGCCCCCCCCCGUGACCCUUUGAGUGACCGAUGCUCCGCCCAGUGGGCAGGUAGAAGGCGUGAGGCACAGCAGAGUUGAGUGUUUGAGCCAGAGGACCAUGUGACCCCUCAGUCGGACCUAGACGAUCCCCCAAAGCUCGCCCUCACGCUCGCGUCCUGCCUGUUGGCGUUCUGCCCCGUGCCUUACGUUCCAUUUUUUACUGUUUGAAGUGUCAGCCCCUCCCAUCAGAAACACGUCUCCCUGGAAACGACCUCUGAGCACCACAUCAGCGUUUCACAUGUGGUCUGAUGCCUGCAUUGACCUCCCGGGUGGCUCUCCGGUCGAAGCGCAGGAACCUUCAGUGUCACCUGUACCGAGGCUCUGGAGACUCCUCCCACUGCAGAACUAGCAGCAACCCCCACAGGUGUGCAGGGUCAGGACACCGACCUGUGAUGGCCUCGCCAUCGCUUUUAUGUCUGUGACGGUGGAAACUCGAGCAGAACAAAGAGGCAUCCUGCAGUGGGAGGGGACUCGGCCUCAACGUGGGCGGGUUUCCUGUGGCUCCAACCGGCCGGAGCACGCCGAAGCGUCACAGGAUGGGAUUGUUCUACGAUGAAGUGUGAGGAUGAGGAUGUCUGAGUGUUUUGUAGACCUGUGCCUCUGCUCUGUUCCUUUUAGAGCUCCAUUAAUAAAGUUCAGUAAAGCC